AUGGCGCCUGCUCUGCCUCCACUGCGAACGGCUACCGCUCCCGCUGCAACUGGCUCAGUCGCUGCUGGUGGUGGGCCGGGCGCUUCGCCGGCGACUGGUGCGGUGCCGGUGCUGGCUGAGGCUGAAGUACAGGGUGCGGCUGCCGGUGCCGAGGCUGGCGGCGGCGAGGCUAGCGGCGGUGCUGCGGCGACGGCGAGGGCAGCGGCGGCGGCGGCGAGUGGGGUGACUGCUGCAGCGUCUGCGAUAGAGUCUGCAGCGGGUGGCGGCGAGGCGAAAGGCGAGGGCGAGGGCGGCGGUGGCUUGGUGGGCUCGGACGACUCGUCAGGUCCGUCGACGCCGACGGGCGGCGUCCACUCGGGGGCUGUGGACGAGGACGACGGCGACGAGUCGCAGCCGUGGUACGCAGUCCUGCGCGCGGCACUGGAGGCCAAGGCGUCUGCUCUCUCGCUGGGUGGGCACGAGCUGACGCUGUACCCCGAGGAUGCGUGCCAUCUGGCCAAGACGCUCACGGCGCUGUACUUGCACCAUAACCGGCUGCAGACGCUCUCGCCGUCGGUGGCGGUCCUCUCGCGGCUGCGGGUGCUCAACCUGGCGAACAACAAGCUGACCGACUUGCCCAAGGCGGUCUCGUCGCUGACCGGCCUUGUCGAGCUCAACCUCUCGCACAACGAGUUUACCGCCUUUCCGUCGGCGCUCCCGGACUCGCUGCAGAUUCUAUACCUCAACCGCAACCACCUCGACCAGGUGAGUGAUGCGCUGUCGGACCUGACAUCGCUCCGGAUUCUCAACCUCUCACAUAACGUGCUGCUCGAGGUGCCGGCGAAUGCGCUCGAGGGCCUCGGGGCGCUGGAGGACUUUUACGCGGAGCACAACCAGCUGGUGACCCUCCCACCGUCUGUUGGCUUGCUCAGCUCGUUGGCGACGCUCUGGGUGCCAAACAACAACAUCCAGGAGUUGCCGCGCGAGAUCGGGGAGCUCAGCUCGCUGACGAUGUGCAACGUGGCGAACAACCGGCUGCAAGAGCUGCCGCGGACGCUGGGGCUCUGCAGCGCGCUGCGGGUCCUCAACGUCUCGCACAACGACCUGGAGAGCUUGCCGGCAGCGCUCGGCCGAUGCCUGCACCUCCGCACGCUGUCUGUGCGCGGGAACAAGCUCUCCGAGCUCCCGCAGGAGCUCGCUUCCAAGUCGACGUACGGCGUGCUCAACUUUCUGUACGGGUGGAAGCCCUCAGUCCACUUUCGGUUUCCAGUCGCGACCCGCGAGGCGCUUGUUGCGUUUUUCAUUGUCGCUCAGAUCCGUGCCGACGAGAGCGGCCUGCCGUUGUUGCCGCAGCGUGCGCUCGACCGCAUCGCGUACUACGUCGCUGGCAACGGCGAGAAGCACCAUCACGAGGAGGCUGCGGCCGACGAGGCUGAAGCCGGCGACGGCGCCGGUGCGUCUGGCCCGGCAGCGGCAGCGGCAGCGGCAGCCGCCGCCGCGACGCAAGAGGUCGGCGCAGCAGCAGCGCCUGCGGCAGCGAGCGAGCCCGAGGCCCGAGCAAGUUCAAAGGCAGGCGAGGCCGGCGACGGGGCUGCGGCUGAGGCCGAGGCCGGAGCAGGCGCAAAAGCAGGCGGCACCGAAGGCGGCGACGGCGGCGACGGCGGCGAGAGCGCGGCAGCGUGAGGACGGCUAGGCCGGAGCCGAGUCGUACUUGCCACGGCGGAUGUCGAGGAGCCAGGCCAUGACGACGUCCUCGUCAGCGCGCGCCGGGAGACCCCACGGCUCUGCGGCGAGGAUGGCGGCAAUGCGCGUGUCAGCUUCGGCGAGGAUGUCGUCGGCUGACUCGUUGCCGGCGCGGAUGCUCAUGAGACGGUCGCGCUCGAGGCCGGUGAUGCGAAUGGCCGGGGCAGAGCCGGCGCAGAUACGCUCGACCUCGCCGAGGAGGCGGAUGACGUGGUACAGCUUUUUCGUCGACUUGCCCUUGUUGGCGUUAAACUGCUUGAUCUGCGAGUUGACAAAGCCGAGGUAGUGAUGGACGACCUUUUGCGAGAGAAAGGCCUCGCGAUGGCGCUGCAGCGCCUCCCACGCUUCGCUCCGGUAGCCGUCGCCGUCAUAGAAGAGCGCCUCGAUGAUGCCUGGGUUGCCCUUGAGAAGCAAGCGGCCGAACUUGAGAGCCUCGUGCAGGACAUAGUCGUCGCCGCCGUCGACCGAUGCCGUCAGCGUCUCGGG